CAAUGAUCUUUACGAGCUGCAAGCAUCUCGCUGGGAGUGGCGGAAAAUUAAGGCCAAAGCUCCAGCACGUGGUCCGCCUCCAUGCCCUCGCCUUGGCCAUUCGUUCACACUCGCUGAGAACAAAGCAUAUCUCUUUGCUGGUCUUGCCAAUGACUCAGACGAUCCAAAGAAUAACAUCCCAAAGUACCUGAAUGAUCUUUACACAUUAGAGUUAAGCAACAAUGUCAACAACUUGGCAUGGGAGAUACCAGAUUCAUUCGGUAUGCCACCACCGCCUCGGGAGUCCCACACAGCUGUUCUUUACAUGGCUGGCAAGACCAACCCUAGGCUUGUGAUAUAUGGUGGCAUGAGUGGGCUCAGAUUAGGCGAUCUAUGGAUCCUAGAUAUACGCACUCUGACGUGGGAGCGUCCAGUUGUGGGAGGAAUAGCCCCUCUGCCCCGAUCCCUGCACUCUGCUACGCUCAUAGCCAACAAAAUGUACAUCUUUGGAGGCUGGGUCCCGCUUGUGCUUGAUGACCAAAAGGGGAUCAAUAAUGAAAAAUCUGAAUGGAAGUGCACAAGUUCGUUAGCAUGCCUCAACUUAGAGACGAUGGAGUGGGAGGCGGGGCUGGGGGAGAAGCAGGAGGAGCACGUGCCCCGGGCGCGUGCAGGGCACUGCGCUGUGGCCAUACACAACCGCCUCUACAUCUGGUCUGGCAGGGACGGAUACAGGAAGGCCUGGAAUAAUCAGGUGUGCUGCAAGGACCUGUGGUACUUGGAGUGCUGCGUGCCCGCGUGUCCAGGACGGGUACAGCUGGUACGCGCCUGUACCACCACCCUCGAGGUCUGCUGGUCCACCGCGCCAACUGCCGAGGCGUACCUCCUCCAGAUCCAGAAGUACAGCGUGCAACCAACUCCUGCUGCUGCUGCUGCAGCAGCGGCGGCGGCCGGGGCUGGUGCCAAAAUGGCUGCUCCGACAGACUCCCCUCAAGCAGGUAACCCGUCACUGAAGUUGGUGAGAGCGACCAGCGCUACCACUGAUACCACCCUAGCCUCUGCCACCACCACCACCACCACAACCACUAGUGGUGGUCUAAAGGUUAUUGCAUGCACCACCCCUCAGGCGGUGCGACUCUUUGCGUCGACUGGACAGGUGAUCAGCCCAGUGAGCUCGACAGGCAGCAAGCAGUUCAUUCUGCAGAAGAGCGGCGUUAGUCAGCCUCAGAUCGUGACGCUACUGAAGACCUCUAAAGGCCUCACGCCCGUGUCCUCUAAGGUGGGCUUCGUGGCCGGCAAAACGCCCACGCUUUUCUCCACGAAGACCGCGAGUGGCACGGGGAGCACGACUAUCGUCAAGCUGGUCACGUCACAGGCCGGCAAAAGCUCUGUUCUGUUGUCCAACACGUCACUACUGACCACUGGCGCUGCAGGGGCUCAGACUGCAGCUCCUGCCAUCAAAUCUCAGGCGGGCAUGAAGAUGAUGAUGGUAUCAAGCAUUGGCAACGCCAUCUGCAGUACCUUGUCUUCCGUCAAACCUGAACCUCAUGAAGCUAGCAGCAGCAGCAACAAUGAUGUAGAUAUGACACCAGCGACCGCCUUGUCUGACGCUCCUCAAGCAAUAGCCCCAACAACUUCUGCGGAUUCAAACCCUGCACAGCAACAGACUCCUGCUAACCCGGCCCCUGAGGAAGCUGAUGCUGGAGAGGCAGCCAAUGUGACAAAAGAUGCUGCUGCUGUUUCUUCUGAAUCUGGUCAAGACGUGCCGGCAGCGAGUCUAAAUGCAAGUGCAACUCAACCCACGAGUAAAGAAGAGACCAACGUCUCUGCAGCAACGUCAGAAGAAAUCAAUUUGGCUCAAGAAGAUCAAACUAAUUCGUCAGAGCCUGCAGCUGCAGCUGCUGCUGCUGCUUCUACUGCGUCUUCCGAUGCUCAUAAGAAGGAGGGAGAGAGUUUGGCAAUUGACGAGGCUUCAGCUACUAAUUCAGUCGCUACUGCAUCAGCAGCAGAGACGAGCCUUCCUGAAGCUGCCACCAGUUCCGCUCCUGCCAUGGAUGCCACCAGCGCUGGCCUUGAGGUAAAGAACGAGCUCAAGGAAGAGACGCAGGACGCUCUCACGACCCUGGCCUCCGCCGCCGCUGCCUUAUGUAACGGCGCCGUCAAGAAGGAGUCUGCCGGCGACGGGGAGACGUGCGAGUGGCUGGACGUUGGGAUCAUACGAGGCAGCGUGUGCACCGUGCAGUGCUACUACUCCUCCCCCGGGGGCCUUGCCUCCCUGCCCUCCUACGUGGGGCCUGAUGGUGCCAUCGCUGGCAGAGUGCCAUCUGGCACCGAGAUAAAACUGCAGCCUGGGUCAGCGUACAAGUUCAGAGUGGGUGGAAUCAAUUCAGUGGGCCUUGGUCCCUGGAGCGAAGUGUCUGCUUUCAAAACCUGCUUGCCUGGGUACCCGGGCGCCCCUUCAGCAAUCAAGAUCAGCAAGUCGCACGAAGGUGCUCAUCUCUCGUGGGAACCUCCACACAACUCCCCUGGCGACAUCAUCGAAUAUUCCGUCUACCUCGCCAUCAAGAGCAACUCGUCCGUCAGCGCCGCUGACGGCAGUGCCAGCAGCGGCACCCACUUGGCGUUUAUGCGCGUGUACUGCGGAGCGCAGAAUAACUGCACGGUGCUGAACACGCAACUCACGGCCGCACACAUCGACACGACCAACAAGGCAGCCAUCAUCUUCCGUAUAGCUGCUAGGAACGAUAAAGGCUACGGUCCUGCCACGCAAGUCAGGUGGCUACAAGAUAAUUCGUGCAGCUCGCCCCCGUCGUCCAACAAAGUGGGUAUGAGGCGACCUGCCCUCGAUGGACGCCCGCUCGUUCCUGUCAAGAAAGUCAAGUCUGCCUUCGAUGACUCCUAGAAUUAAUAUUGUACAUAAGCCCUCCAUGACUCGUGUAAAUUAGACUCUCAGUCUUGUACGUGUUAUGCCGCGCUUGAGUAUUAUUAGCUAGUGUACCUACUUCAUACGUCUCUCUUUUAUAUUCCAUUUUAAUUGUUAACUACGAUAUGUUCCGUUAUAUUUUAGUUUUAUUGGUAUUCGUCAACCGUGUAUGUAAAUGAACAAUAAGUAUGAGGAUUUCGACCGUGGAUUUUGUUAAGACUUUAGUGACAUGGCCGUUCCUCGUCGCCACGGGUCCAGCGACUUAGUGAGCUCAUGCAGCUUUACAAUAAACAUCUCGUACUCUAUAUUCUUUACUAAGCGAGAUGGGGAGCCGCAAGUCUGAUAUUCUACCGUUGACGGAAUUAAUGUUUAAGUAAAAACAAUGCAAAUCUUGGCUUUCCCACAAAUAGACUAAUUAAUUGGUAAAAGGAAUAGAUUGGCUUUAAUUUGUGGACAUUGACUGCGGUGAAAUAUUUGUAAGUUAAAAUUUAAAUACUAGCUACACUACUGACAUUCUUAACAUUUUUACCGAGGCCAGUUUUCUAUUCAGGCGUUUUUUUCACUUAAUGCAGAGGUCGCAUCACGUUUCAUUCAAAACCAUAAUUCAUGGAAGUUUCUUGCGUAAUAAAUCAAUUAAUGAAUUUAUUUUUUGUCAUUCCAAGCAGUAGGAAACUUGUACAAAUGUUAGUUCUGUGCAAGUGACGAGUUGUGUUUGCUGGCACCGUCUGAGGCCCUCGGUGGUUUCAACAAAAAGUGCAUGAGCAUAACCUAAGUUGGUUCAUUGAAGCGGAAUUUUUCUUUACUUUACUACUAGUGUGUCAGUCAUUUAGAUGUGCAGUCAUUCAUCGCUGAAAGAUUAUUGAGCCGCUUUUUUGAGUGUAGGAAAUCAUCUGGUGAUCGCUUUGUUCGGUCUUCUUGCGUGUUGCAUGAAGUUAAUAUUAAUUGUCAAAUCUGUGGCACGGUACGAGGUGUAUUCUGCAGUCACUGAAUAAGAGCUGCACACCUCUUUGAAUAUUUUAGACUAUCUUAAUGACCAACUUCGGAUCACGAGGGCCUAGCAUUAGACUUGGAAAUUCUUUCUUGUCGAGAAAUUAUUUCGCCUCAGCUAGCUUGUUAUUCGCAAUUGAUGCCAGUUAAUGUUUGUUGAUAAUUUUAUCGGCAAUUCAUCAUUUAAAUAAAACUGCCCCAACUUGAGAACGUGAGCUCGAGUUUCUAAGCCUUGUACAUAUUUAGAUGCUACCUGCCGUCUCAUCUAUGCAGCAUAACCUUAAAUUAUAUUCAAAGUAUAAGAAUC